AUGAAGUUUGAAGUCCUGUUGAAUUCAGACCUACCAUCAGCUCUUGGUGUUAUAUAUGUAUCAAAGACUGAAAGGUUUAGAAUUUUCUCACUUCACCAAAGGAUUGUUUUGGACAAUGGGACCAGGAGGGGCGGGGCGGGACCGGGCAGACCAGGACCUGGACCUGGAAGGCCUGGCUGGGGUCCUGGACCUAUGGUACCGGGUUUUUUUCCUGGUCCAGCUUAUCUUGUCUCUGCUGUUGUUGGUUGCCACAAGACUGUUUUGGCGGGCCUCGACCUUUCGGCCCUCCUCCCUUCUAACGGAAAUUCAGAUAAACUUCCUGCAUUUCCAGCUGUGUAA